AUGGUGUCCGGUCAUCCAAAUAACAAUAGCAAUACAGAUGCCUAUGCAAAUGUCAUGCAAGGCAAAGUACUAUUUCAUGGUAGCCAAUUACCAAAAUUAAUCUGGAAUCAAAUAAAAAUUCUUAUUGUAUCAAAUAAAGAUGAAUUUGAUAUUGAACGUGAUAUACUACUCACAGAAACUUUACCAAAAUUACAACAGUAUUUUUUAACACAAGGUAUUUAUGUUAAUUUUGUUGAUUGUAAUUUAAACUGGGAUCUUGAUUUAUCUCGAAAUCCGUAUCAUAUCUUACGUUAUAUAAAAGAACUUGAUGAUGCCUAUAGAACGUCAACUGGUGUAUUUUUCCUAGCAUUUGUUGGAAAUAAAUAUGGUUCUGUUGUGUUACCUGCUGAAUUAUCAACAACAGAUUUUAAUAAUAUAAAAAAUGUCGCAUCGGAUUUAAAUAAAGAUGUUAAACAGCUUGAACGAUGGUAUUUACUAGAUGAUAAAUUAUUACCGCCGGCUUAUAAAUUAAAAGAUCCUGAUGAAGAUUUUUCAAAUAUAUUAUCACGAACAAUAUCAACAUAUGAUAUAAGUACACGUGAAAGUCAAGAAUGGAAUGAUGUAUACACAGGACUAGCUGAGUUAUUCAUUAGUGUUCUAAAUGAAAAGUCAAAUUUUAAAUCUAAACAUGAUAUAUCAUCCCUAUAUGAUAUUCAAUUACUCUCCGGCGUCGAGAUACUAUUCAAUUACGCUGCUAAACUAUCUCCAUCCGGUUGCAUGUGUAUCUUAAGGCAAUUUGAUGGUGUAAAUGAAAAAUGUAAAGGUAAUGAAGCAUAUAUUGAUUUACUAAACGGCACUAAUCGUUUGGAUAAAAUUCGUCAAGAAAAAUUAAAACGUUUUCGUGAAUCUAUAACACAAAAAUUAUCAAUAAAUGAUGAUGAUAAUAAUUUAAAAAUGGAAGAUAAUCGAAUAGUACUUAAUGUAUCAUGGAAAGACAAUGGAGAAUUUCAAUUAGAUGAUACAGAUUAUCAACGUUAUUUACGUACAUUAAAUGCAGCUAUAUUUUUACGUAUUAAAUCAUUAUGUGAACGUUAUAUUGAUUUAUCAAUAUCGAAUCAUUUCAAAUAUAAUGAAAAAAUUUUAUAUAAUGAAACACUUAUACAGUUAACACAUUAUUCAAAAUUAUCAUCAUAUACAUGUUUAGGUUUUGAAAAUUUUAUUGAAAAUAAUCAGUCAUUUAAACAAUGGUUAUCAUCAGCUAAUACAAAUGAUCAUCAUCCAUUAAUUAUUAUUGGUAGCCGAGCAUCAGGAAAAACUUUAUUAUGUACAAAAUUAGUUCAUUAUCUAUUAAAUAUAUUAGGAAAAAAUGCUCAAUGUAUAAUACGUUAUUUUAAUUUAACAUCAAGAUCACGAAAUAUAACAGAAAUAUUUACUUCAAUAUGUACACAAAUGCAAACAUUACAAAAUGCACCAACAUUUAUCAAUGAUCAACAGCUUAAUUAUAUGGAAUAUUAUCAAACUGUUUUAAAAACUUUAUCAGAUAAUCAAAAACCAAUUAUAAUUAUGAUUGAUGGUAUUGAAGAAGCAACACCGCCAAGUCAAUUUGCAUCAUCAGUUGUUUAUUAUCAAACAUUACUUCAAUCACUUCCUCCUAAAGUUUAUGUAAUAUUAUCUGUUAGUCGGAAUAUUCAUUCAUAUCCUCAUAGUGAUACUCAAAUACGUGAAAUGAUCGAACGAAUUGAAAAAGAUGAAUGUAUUAUUGAAUUACCAUUUACAAAUGAAACAAUUAAUAUUUCUGAUUUAACUUUAUAUAUUAAAUCCGAAUUAAAUUUAAUAAGACGAAAUGUAACAGAUUCUGUAUUAAAAGCUCUUUCAAAAUGUAUAUAUCAACAAAUAGAUAAACAACCGCAAAUAUUUUUUCUUCUACGUCUUGUUUUAAAUGAAAGUUAUUUUGGUUAUUUAUCACAACAUAAAAAAAAAUUAGAUUUAACAGAAUUAAAUAUGGAAGAAAUAUUUCAUACAUAUAUAGAUCAUUGCGAAAGAAAAUUUGGCUCAAAAAUUUGUGCUUGUGUAUUUAAUUAUAUAAGUUCAUCACAAUCAGCCAUUCAUGAACUUGAAUUAAUUGAUAUAUUAUCAUGUAAUAAUGACUUUUUUUUAGAAUAUUUUCAAAAAGAUUUACCAAAACAUUUACGUUUUCCGUCAUCGUUAUGGAUUGCUUUUAAAUAUACAUUAGGUCCACUUUUAUCUGUAAAAUAUUUUGAUUUAAAAAUUGUUAUGUGUUGGAGUCAUUCAUUUAUUCGACGACUUAUGAAACAAAAAUAUUUAAAAAAAGUUGAAGAUAUUCGUUUUGCACAUCGAGAUAUUGCAAAUUAUUUUCUUGAAGCUUUUAUUGAAUCAAAACCAUUAGUUGAUAUGAAUCGAAAUAUCCAAAUCAGAGGAGAUAAUGGUCGUCGUUUUAUCUUACAACAACCGCUUCUCUAUUCCGAAACAGCUUAUAAUUAUCGACGAUUAGGUGAAUUAUGGUAUCAAUUAAUGCAUUCUGGUGAUAUUGAUCGUUUAAAAGAACAUACACUAUGUUGUUUUGAGUAUCUAUUAGCUAAAAUUCAUGGUUUAUCUAUUGAACAAUUAUUAUGGGAAAUUGAUAUAGUUUGUAGUAAUAUUCUUGAUGUUGAUGUUCUUAUUGUUCAAACAAUAUUAAAAAAUAUUGUUAGUAUUGUUACAAAUGAUCCUAUUUUACUUGCUGGUGAAUCAAUUUUACGUUUAAAAAAUAUAAAACAUCAUUAUAAUGAACAUAUUGAAUCAUUAUUUGUUCAAGCACAUAAUUGGUGUGAAUCAUGUAAUAUACCAAUAUUUGUUCCAUUAUCAUCAUGGAUAUCCACAACUCCACCAUUAAUUAUAACUGUAUUACCAUGUAAUGAUGGAGCAUUUAAAAUAGUACCAACAACAUUUAAUCAACAUAUUUUUUCUACAACACGUUCAAAUGAAGUAGCGAUGUAUCAUAUACCAUCAAAAAAACUUGUUAAAAAAUUUACUGGUCAUACAUCAUUGAUAACAUCUAUUCAAUUGACACAUAAUAGUAAAUAUUUAGUAUCGUCAUCAACGGAUCAUACAAUCAAAUUAUUUAAUUUAAAUUCUGGUGAAUUAGAAAAUAGUUACAGAAUUCAUCAAGGUGAAUUACUUUGUAUGACAAUUUCACACAAUAGUGAACAAAUUGUCACAGGCUCACGUGAUCGAUUAAUUAUUGUAUUUCGUCUUGAAACAGGUGAAAUCGAACAUUCAAUUGAACAACAUACAGAUGCUGUUACUGCGAUUGCACUUACACAAGAUGAUGCUUUAUUAAUUUCUGCUUCACGUGAUCAAACAAUUAAACGAUGGACUUUUCGUGGAAUGCAAUUACUCGAUAUAAUUGAUACAAUUGGUUCACCAAUAAAACAUAUGAUUAUAUCAUCAGACGAUACCUUCAUAGUAGUUGCAUGUGAGAAUACAACAGUUCAAGUUAAAUCUCUUGUUACUGGAAGUGAUGUACAUAAUCUCGAAGGACAUACAUCAGAAAUAACAAGUCUUUCAAUGUCAAAUGAUUCUAUAUGUUGUUAUGUUGGUUGUAAUAAUGGAUAUAUUUAUGUUUAUAAUUUACGUUCACGUGUACUUCUUCGAUCAUUAAAACAGCAUGAUGCAGCUGUUAAUGACCUUUAUACAUCAAUUGAUGAUUGUUUUCUUUUUUCUGCAUCUGAAAAUGCAAUACAUGUUUUAAAUAUAAAACAACAAUUUACUGGUUUUCAUACAGAUGAUUCAUUAUCAUCAACAGAUUAUAUAACAGCAUUAUCAAUAUCACGUGAAGGUGAUGCGGCUAUAGCUGGUUGUGCAGCUGGUAGUGUUCGAUUAUUUAAUUUAGUUGAUGGUGAAUUCACAGGACACAUUAUUGAUCAUCGCGGACCUGUUACACAAGUUGCACUGUCACAUUCAUAUUUAUUUUCAUUGUCAGGUUCUAAAGAUACAACAAUUAAAGUUUAUGACAAUGAAAUGGGAGAAAUUGUUGCAGAAUUUACUGAUCAUUCAGCACCAAUCUCACAUUUACGUAUAUUAGAAGAUAAUCGAAAGAUUUUAUCAAGUGAUGAACAAAAUUAUAUUAAAACAUGGUGGGCAAAUACAGGAGAAUUGAUUGAUUCAUAUAAUGUACCGUGUAAAAUGCUGGGUGUUUCUCCUGAUGGAAAAUAUGUCGUAUCAGGAAAUGGAGAUAAUAUUUUAAAAAUUUGGUCUUUGGAUGAUGCACGUGUUGUUCGUUCAAUAGAUCAUACUGAAGGAAAAAUAACUUGUAUGGCAUUUCGAGCUGAUUCACAAUAUUUAAUUACCGGUGGAGAAGAUUGUAGUUGUAAAUUAUGGGAGUUAUCAUCAGGGAAAUUAACACAGGUUCUUGUUGAACAUGAACAAUCAAUUACAGCUGUUGUAAUUAGCGAAGAUAGAAAACAUGUUCUUACUGGUGACAAAGAUGGUCAAGCUAUUAUAUGGUCAUUUAAAGAUGGUGCUGUUGUACAUAAACUCAUUAGACAUAAAAAUACCAUCGUAUCAGUCUCAUUUACUGUUGGUAGUCACAUUGCUAUAACUGAUGGACUUCUUUCAGCUUGGUCAACAAUAACAGGCAUUCAUUUAGCUGCAUUUCAUUUCAAUCAUAUUCUUGCGAAAUUACUUGUUUCACAAACUGGAGCACGUUGUGCAGCAAUUCUACAAAAUACAUGUUGUGUUGCUAUGUUAAGUCUUUUUAAUAUCCCGUCCAGUGAAGCAUCGAAACUGUCAGAACGUCACGGCCAAAUAUUUUCCGAUCCAUAUAAUGUUUUGUUACCAAUAAAACCGAAACCUUUAUUAUAUCCAAAAGAUUCAACAUUAUUGUCUGAUUCUCGACAGAAUUCAAAAAAUGAUCAACAUUCUUAUGAUACUAUUUUAGAUUAA